GACUGCGCGUUUGGGAGGUGUAGUGGAAGAAAGGCAAGAGAAACGGAGUAAAUGAGAGCACUUUUGUCCAGAUUGUUGAAGGACUUAUCAACUUAAUAUACCACCGAAACAGCUCCCUAUAAUGAGACGGACACACUGUUGAAUUCCUGCCCAGGUAAAUGUCCGCGUUUCCUUCGCAUGGUUAACUACAAGAGGUCGACAGCUAGACAGGAUAACCACCAUUGAGAAGGCGGCUGUAAACCCCAGGACCCCGUCUCCAGGCUCCUGUAGAGGGCUGAGUGAAGGAAACUUGGGAAACAAAGCUGUGUCUCUUCCUGUGGGAAACCUGGAUCCUCCACCCUGCCCACCAACAUGACCAGUGUGGUGAUCGUCAAGGAGGGAUGGCUGCAUAAAAGAGGAGAAUACAUCAAGACCUGGAGGCCAAGGUAUUUUCUCCUGAAGAGUGAUGGUACAUUCAUUGGCUACAAAGAGCGACCGCAAGAUGUUGACCAGCUGGAAACCCCCUUAAAUAACUUCUCCGUAGCACAGUGCCAGCUGAUGAAGACGGAACGGCCCAAGCCCAACACAUUUAUCAUCCGCUGCCUGCAGUGGACCACUGUCAUCGAGCGCACCUUCCACGUGGAGACCCCCGAGGAGAGGGAAGAAUGGACUAAAGCCAUCCAGGCAGUGGCUGAAGGCCUGCAGAAACAAGAGGAGGAGAUGAUGGACUCCUCUCCGGACCCCAUGGACAUGGAGGUUUACCUAACCAAACCCAGACACAAAGUGACUAUGCACGACUUUGAAUACCUCAAACUCCUGGGAAAAGGCACUUUUGGCAAAGUUAUCCUGGUAAAGGAGAAGGCCACAGGACGCUACUACGCCAUGAAGAUCCUCAAGAAGGAGGUGAUCGUAGCAAAAGAUGAAGUGGCGCACACACUCACAGAGAACAGAGUCCUCCAGAAUUCAAAGCAUCCGUUCUUGACAGGACUGAAAUACUCCUUCCAGACACAUGACCGCCUGUGCUUUGUCAUGGAGUAUGCAAAUGGUGGUGAGCUUUUCUUCCAUCUGUCAAGGGAUAGGGUAUUCUCAGAGGAGCGGGCACGGUUCUACGGUGCAGAGAUAGUGUCGGCGCUGGACUACCUUCAUGCUGAAAGAAACGUGGUCUAUCGAGAUCUAAAGCUGGAAAACCUCAUGCUGGACAAAGACGGACACAUAAAGAUCACAGAUUUUGGCCUUUGUAAAGAGGGGAUCAAAGAUGGUGCCACCAUGAAGACGUUCUGCGGGACGCCAGAGUACCUCGCACCUGAGGUGCUAGAAGACAAUGACUAUGGCCGCGCUGUGGAUUGGUGGGGUCUGGGAGUGGUGAUGUACGAGAUGAUGUGCGGCAGAUUGCCUUUCUACAACCAGGACCACGAGAAACUGUUUGAGCUCAUCCUUAUGGAAGACAUCCGCUUCCCCCGGACACUUGGUCCUGAGGCACGCUCGCUGCUCUCUGGCCUUCUCAAGAAAGACCCAAUGCAGAGGUUAGGUGGAGGGCCUGACGACGCCAAGGAAAUCAUGCAGCACAAGUUCUUCGCAGGAAUUGAAUGGCAAGAUGUUUAUGAGAAGAAGCUGGUCCCGCCGUUUAAGCCCCAAGUUACCUCGGAGACAGACACGCGAUAUUUCGACGAGGAGUUCACAGCGCAGACCAUCACUAUUACACCACCCGGACAAGAUGACAGUAUGGAGUCCUUCGACAGCGAGCGGAGACCCCACUUCCCCCAGUUCUCCUACUCUGCCAGUGGGACGGCCUAAACUACUCUCAAACAUUCCUCUGGUCCCACUAUCUCUCCCCUCACCCCACCCGACUGCACUCUCAAAAAAAGACCGGGGGCCACAGCCCCAUACUCCCAGCAUUAUCUGCAGAUGCCGUCGUUGGACGUAACAUUUACAAUCUGAAAGAUGUGUUGUUGUUUUUUUCAGGAAGGAGGAAAUACAAGACAAAACAAAGAUAACUGUGGUUGUCCUGUGUGGCCUUUGAAGACUGACCACAGGCAGACAGAGAGUUAACACUACCCUUCAUUUCCUGGUUGUUAUGUUGUAUACUGUGCAGGCAUCCAUACACCAUGAUGAAUGGGGAAAUGUAGCUAUGUUAUGCACAAAUUAGGCCACUGCUAUGAAUUUUGAAAAGGGCCAUUUCGUAUUUAACAUAUUACUAUUAAAUAUAUGAACCAACCAUUUCAAAUAGAAGUAGGCAUACUGUGGACCAAAAACAUCAUGUGAGCAGAGAGAGAGUGUGUGUAUGUGUGUGUUGUUGUUGAGUGGGUGAUAAAACCAUGUUUUCCUCUAAAAGACUUCUGAACAAUUCAAAAACCAUUCAGACCAAGACGUUUUUGGCUUCAAAAGUGAAUGUACCGUAUCAAAUAAAGUCAAUCUUUCUGCAUACUUACAUGUUGUAACACAUGGCUGAUUCUCCUAAGACUGAAAUGCCGUCUUCUGGUGAGGAUUUUUAUCACUUUUCUACUACCCCAUUGCAAAAGUUCUAAGAGUCGGUCUUUUGUAUUAUCAUGCCACACCACGAUGGGUCUGAUAAAUCAAUUGUGCAAUACAGUCUGAUGUGAGGAAUGGCAGACAUGCAAAGAAUGCAGAGUGAUUAAUCAUCAAGGUAAAAAAAGUUGGCCCUGCAGUGGAUUCCUGUUGUAACUGUAUGCACAUCAGAGUCACUGAGAGACCCCCAGUUUCCUGUUUAGGAUAAUAAAUAGCUCCUCCAGCCCCCCCGCCCCUGCCCUGAAGUAAGUGCUUAUAGUUCCUGAUGCCUUUAUAUCUCGAUGUUCUGCUGCAAACACCUCCUGGUUUCCCUCUGAUCACGGUCAGCCAGUGCUGACUGAUCAGAAACUCUUCUCUCCUCUGGGUUUUUCCUACAUGUACAGUACAGUAUUGGGUGUUUUCCGCCCAGUGCAUUCACUGCAGCCUCAAUGAGGUCACUUUAACAUAAUACACUUCUUUAGGAAUACUUUGCAAACAAACUGGGCUUCAGGGGGGAAACACACAAAGAGUCAUCUUUGAUUUGCUUCUUUAGGGGACUUCUGUCUCUUCACGAGCUUCUGAGUUAUUUAUAUGAGACCAGCGUUGACUAAAAUGAAUUUUACUGUGCCAAUGAUAUGCACUUUGCUGCCCCAAAAAUGAUUGUAUUUGGACUCUUAUUUGUACUUUAUGGUUGGUAAAGACUGAAUUAGCUUCUUUUAUAAUGUAAAUUCAAAUGUGGAUACAAUUAAAACAUGACUUGCUUGUUUGAAUGAUUUCUCCCCUUUUACAGAUGACUGAGGCUGAACUGAGACUCAUGGGAAAUGAAACUUUUGUUUUCUCAAAGUGUACUAGGAGGUUUCCAAAAGCGCUUCAGUAUUUUUUUUUUAAGAUGACAGAUAAUCAUUUUUCAAAAGUGCAUCAUACGUUAUUGAAUGUAAUGGUUUUUACGAUUUUGUUUUCACUUCAAUCGUUUGCAAACUUUUUGUCCAGUUUUUCAGUCUGAUUGUUACUUAUUCCUAUGCACACUCACCCUUCACUGUCACCUUCUGAAAAUAGGGAAAUUCAUUUUAUACUUUUUAUUUCAACUUUUUUUUGUACCUGCCCUCCCAUAUUCCUGAGACUGAGGACACCAGCUUUAGUAAACAAAUAAUAUAAACUUUGUACACUGUUUUUACUUGUCUCUUUCAAUUUGAUGAAAUAAAAGGUCUUAACAAUAA